CCGCCCCACGCCGCCUGGCGCCUGCCGGAGCUGCCGCCUCGUCGAGCUCGGUCCGCGCUCCCGCCCAGGCGGCGGCCGACGCCAGCCCCGAGACCGGACCGCCGCCACGGCCCGGCAGGUUUCGGGUAUCAGACAGCCUCUUUCCAUUGUGAAUCUCCAUUGGCGUCCCCUGCUUGGUGGGCUUCAGAGCCAUGGCAACGGAGGAGAAGAAGCCCGAGACCGAGGCUGCCAGGGCACAGCCCACCCCUUCCUCUUCAGCCACCCAGAGCAAGCCUACACCUGUUAAACCAAACUAUGCUCUAAAGUUCACCCUGGCUGGCCACACAAAAGCUGUGUCCUCUGUGAAAUUCAGCCCAAACGGAGAGUGGCUGGCAAGUUCAUCUGCGGAUAAACUCAUUAAAAUUUGGGGAGCAUAUGACGGAAAAUUUGAGAAAACCAUUUCUGGCCACAAGCUGGGAAUAUCUGACGUAGCCUGGUCUUCAGAUUCUAACCUCCUUGUUUCUGCCUCAGAUGAUAAGACCUUGAAGAUAUGGGACGUGAGCUCGGGGAAGUGUCUGAAAACCCUGAAAGGGCACAGUAAUUAUGUCUUCUGCUGUAACUUCAACCCCCAGUCCAACCUCAUUGUCUCGGGAUCCUUUGAUGAAAGCGUGAGGAUAUGGGACGUGAAGACAGGAAAGUGCCUCAAGACUUUGCCUGCACAUUCAGAUCCCGUCUCAGCCGUUCAUUUUAAUCGUGAUGGAUCCUUGAUAGUUUCAAGUAGCUACGAUGGUCUCUGUCGCAUCUGGGACACGGCUUCGGGCCAGUGCCUGAAGACGCUCAUCGAUGACGACAACCCCCCGGUGUCCUUUGUGAAGUUCUCUCCGAAUGGCAAGUACAUCCUCGCAGCAACGCUGGACAACACGCUGAAGCUCUGGGACUACAGCAAGGGGAAGUGCCUGAAGACGUACACUGGUCACAAGAAUGAGAAAUACUGCAUAUUCGCCAAUUUCUCCGUCACUGGCGGGAAGUGGAUCGUGUCUGGUUCAGAAGAUAACCUGGUUUACAUUUGGAACCUUCAAACAAAAGAGAUUGUACAGAAAUUGCAAGGCCACACAGAUGUUGUGAUCUCAACAGCUUGUCACCCGACAGAAAACAUCAUCGCCUCAGCUGCGUUAGAAAAUGACAAAACAAUUAAACUGUGGAAGAGCGACUGCUGAGUCCUGUUGAUACCACAUGAGAGACUGUCAGGAAGUUGACCUGGAUUGGCAAGAAACGUGGGUGUUGCAGAGGUGUCCCCUGGGUGUGGGCCCGGGGGAUCUGGACAGGGGCCUGAUUUGAGCCUCCUCCUUGAAGAUGAUUUGGCCGAGGGGAACGAGCGGGCCCCCGGAAAGUUCUAAAAGUUGCUGGUGACAUUUCUUGCCAAUUCUUCUAACACUGUCUAGGGAAGAGCUCCUAGUCUAUGUUGUGUUCAACCAGAGUCAACAAAAAUUUUAAAUUUUUUAUUACAAAAGGGUGAAGUUCGAUUUAU